AUGGGAGUCCCUCGUCUUUACAACACUCUCCGACCAUUGGCCAGUUCUGCCGUCCUCGAGAAUGAGACGGUGGUUAUUGACGGACCGGCACUGGCCUACCAUAUACUCUCCAUCUGUAGAGCCAAUGGUGUCGCACAUCCCUCAUACAGACUCCUCGGCCAAAUUGCCGUGUCCUGGCUGGAACGACUCUCACUCUCCAACAUCCACGUGAGAAGCAUAUUUUUUGAUGGCUACCUCCCACCGUCCAAGUUGGAAAUCCGAGUCGAUAGAAUGAUGACGAAUACAAGCCGUCUUUGCAGGUUGUACGAGUUGUUUCCUCAGAGGUGUCCGACGUUCUUGCUGCAAAUGCACCAAGCUCAGGCAGAUAUCGACUUGUUCAAGGCCCACGCAAGGAACGCAUACCCCACAAUCGAUCCUAGUUUUCUGGUACCCGCGGUGCUUGAUGCCCUGAGAGAAUCUGAUCGCUACCGUGCCGUAACACAUCUUGUCCCCGGCGAGGCUGACCACUUUUGCGCCUCGGAUGUUUCUCAUCACGGGGGGAUCAUCCUGACGUCAGACUCCGACCUGCUGGUACACGACCUUGGGCAUGGCCGAGUAAUGUUCUUCAGAGACUUACAGCAAGAUGCCCAGUCCAAGUUGGAAUUCGUAUGUUUCAGCCCUCGACAAUUGUUUGAGCAACUUGGCCUGAGGUAUCCAGAAUUGGCAGUCCGCCUUGCAUAUGAGCAGAAAUGUUCCCCGCGCGCUAAUCUAGCACAACUGGUCAAAACAUCUGCUCAAACUACACAGUGCACGAGCCGUUUCCUCGCCUUUCAAAAAGAGUAUGCUUCGACAGAGCCAUUAUCGUUUCGGCAGACGUGGGCCGGGUUUGAAAUGGGCGCAACAAGAGGGCUGGAUCCGAGAAUCUCGGAGAUCAUCUUGGAUUUUCAUCUUAAACUUCGCAAGGGAGCUGCUGGCUUGCCUGUCAGGAUGUUUUUGCCUCCCCUGCUGGAGCGUCCCACGUCCAAAAGUGCAUGGGAUCAGAGCACCGCCAUACGGCAGCUGGCGUAUUCGCUUCUGAGUUAUUGCACCGACAACGAAAUCAUGGUCUCAAGCGUUCAGGAAUAUCGACGAGUACAGAAUCUCAAUUGCACCGGCAGGAGGGUGGAGCUCAUGCAGCAGAAAGUUGCGGAGCAAUAUAUGCACCAAGUUUUGCUAUGCGCAGCAGAGCUAGAGACUCUCUCCAGUGACCUCUGCGAUUUGUUUUGGAUCGGCCUGGCCAUUCUAUUGGAUAAGGUGGAAUCUCAAAGACAGGACACAGCGUCUACCGCGGAGCAGCUCCAUCGUUUUCUGAGAAGCCAGGAGUCGGUGCAGCCGAACGAAGGCGCUUCGUGGAUGGUCGUUCAUGGCACAGCACAAUUGCACGGGGCGCUGUAUUCGUUGAGAAUACUGCAGCAGGUUCUGCUUGUCGUCGGUGACUCCCAGAUGGACCAGGCAUUUCCUUUGGAAAAGACGCGUGCUUUGUUGUCCAGAAUCACGCCAUUAGAGCGAUACCCUCAGACCGCUGAAAUGGUGCAGAUUGCCCAAAAACUUCAGGACAUGGGCAUGAAUAAUCUCAUCGACAGCAUCUGCGCGAAGCUUCCGGACGCAAACCAUGGCCCCGAAAAAGCUUGA